AUGAUGGCCAGCGUGGCCGUUCCCGGUGUCGCUCCCCACGGCUGGAGCGGAGCCUGGGGGCCCGUGGAGCGGCGUCCCCCGGGACACUGUCCCGGUGCGUCCCGGCUGAGCGCGCUCCCCCCGCAGGCCUACAACAUCCACGUGAACGGCGUGCUGCACUGCCGCGUGCGCUACAGCCAGCUGCUGGGGCUGCACGAGCAGCUGAGGAAGGAGUACGGCGCUAACGUGGUGCCAGCCUUUCCUCCCAAGAAGAUCUUCACGCUGACGCCCGCGGAGGUGGAGCAGCGGCGGGAGCAGCUGGAGAAGUACAUGCAGGCCGUGCGGCAGGACCCGACGCUGGGCGGCAGCGAGACCUUCAACAGCUUCCUGCGGCGGGCGCAGCAGGAGACGCAGCAGAUCCCCACGGAGGAGGUGCUGCUCGAGGUGCUGCUCUGCAACGGCCAGACAGUCAAGGUCACUGUCCUCACCUCGGACCAGACGGAGGACGUGCUGGAGGCUGUGGCCUCCAAGCUGGAUCUGCCCGAUGACCUCGUGGGCUACUUCAGCCUCUUCCUGGUGCGAGAGACCAAGGACGGGGCCUUCUCCUUCGUGCGCAAGCUGCAGGAGUUCGAGCUGCCCUACGUGUCGGUCACCAGCCUGCACAGCUCCGAGUUCAGGAUCAUCCUGCGCAAAAGCUACUGGGACUCCUCGUAUGAUGACGACGUCAUGGAGCACCGUGUGGGGCUGAACCUGCUGUAUGCGCAGACGGUGUCGGACAUCGAGCGCGGCUGGAUCCUCGUCAACAAGGAGCAGCACCGGCAGCUCAAGUCCCUGCAAGAGAAAGUCUCCAAGAAGGAGUUCAUCCGCCUGGCGCAGACCCUCAAGUACUACGGCUAUCUCAAGUUCGAGCCCUGCGUCACCGACUUCCCCGAGAAGGGCUGCCACGUGGUCGUCAGCGCCGGCAACAACGAGCUCAACUUCCAGGUGCGGCUGCCCAACGAGCAGCUCAAGGAAGGCAGCUUCAAGGUCACGCGCAUGCGCUGCUGGCGGGUCACGUCCUCGGUGCCCAUGAGCAACGGUCCCCCGGGCAGCAGCCCGGGCAAGGCGGAGGUGAAGCUGGAGCUGGCCUUCGAGUACCUCAUGAGCAAGGACCGGCUGCAGUGGGUCACCAUCACCAGCCCGCAGGCCAUCAUGCUGAGCAUCUGCCUGCAGUCCAUGGUGGACGAGCUCAUGGUGAAGAAAUCCGGGGGCAGCAUCCGCAAGCUCUUCCGCCGGCGGCUGAACGGGGCCCUGCGCCGCUCCGACAGCCAGCAGGCCGUGAAGUCGCCACCACUGCUGGACUCGCCCGACGCGGCCCGUGAGCCCGUGGCCAAGCUCUCGAGCAAGCUCUCCUCCGUCAGCCUGCGCGGCAUCAGCCACUCCAGCUCCGCCGGCGACGUGGGUGCCAACGACUUCCACGGCAACUACGCCUUCGAGGGCAUCGGCGACGAGGACCUGUAGGCGCCGCCCRCCACGGACAGCACCGGCCCCAGGGCUGGCGAAUGUACAACCUGC